AUGGCUAGGAGGUUAAAACGAAUGCUCGUGCUAGGGGUACUGGGGGUGCUAAUAAUACUUGUGGUAUUUGUUCUGAUAACACUGCCGCAACUGAUGAGCCAGCAGCUCGAGGCUUUGAAGGCAUUUCCAUUUACAAACUACACAUCAACACUUCCAGAUUUGAAUUUACCCGCUAAUGGUGCAAUCAUUGAAAAGGGCAACGUUAAGUUUACCUAUAUGAAUCCAUUAGGAAAACGCGGAAGCCCCGACCAUAUUGCUGCUCUCAAUACGAAGACUUAUCGUCAACUCAUGAACAAGCAGAUAAAUGAACCAAAGGAUUAUGAUAUGGACACAAUUCGACCACCACCAUCACCUGAAGACUAUCCAGACAGAGCCAAUGCCACUAUAUUGAUUUUGGUUCGCAAUCUGGAGAAAAUCGGUAUCACACGUACAAUACGACGCUUUGAGGAUAGAUUCAAUCGAAAGUUUGGCUACCCAUACACUUUUGUUAAUGAUAAGCCUUUCACUGAUGAUUUUAAAGAUCGCAUGCAUCAAUUAACCAAUGCGCCUUGUGAGUUUGCUACAAUCCCGCCAGAACUUUGGGAUAAACCGUCUAACAUUAACAUCGAAGCCGAAACCAAUGCCAUGAGGAAAUUACAUCUGCAAAAUGUGGUAUAUGCGCUAAAACAAUCAUAUCACAAUAUGUGUCGUUUUUACCUGGGAAAUUUCUACCGUGUCCCCGAGUUGCAGAAGUAUAAAUGGUACUGGCGCAUUGAGCCAAAAGUUGAGUUUUACACUGACGUGAAUUACGAUGUCUUCAAAUAUUUGGAGGCAACGAACCGAAUUUAUGGUUUCACCAUCAACUUGUAUGACAUUGAACAGACCAUUGAGCUGCUCUGGCCUGACACCAUAAACUGGUUAAAUACGGAAGACAACUACCGGUUUGUAAACCCCAAUGGUGCAUUCCAAUGGCUCACAGAAAAUCAACAGAAUCCGCAAAAAAAUGAGGUGGCAGGUUAUUCGACGUGCCACUUUUGGUCAAAUUUCGAAAUUGCUGACAUGGAUUUCUUCCGCGGCGAGGCUUACGAGAAGUGGUUCCAAUUUUUGGAUUCCACAGGCAACUUUUACUAUGAACGGUGGGGUGACGCUCCAGUUCGCUCUUUGGGGUUGGGUUUAUUUGCCAAUAAAACUCAACUUCAUUGGUUUCGAGACAUUGGUUACUUCCACGAUCCCUAUCAAAAUUGUCCAAACCAUGAGAAUGAAAAAAUGAAGUGUAAAAUUGCAGAACCAGCAAUUUGGGAUCACUUGGCGAAAGAGAGUUGUAUGGGACUGUGGAUAGAUUAUGGGAUGGAAUUUGACCCCUAUUCAUGA